AUGUUCCAAGUUAGGAAGUUCAAUCGUGCCCACACAUAUUCCUUGGACAUUAUUCUUGGAGAUCACCGACAAGCUUCAAGUAGUAUGGUUGGGAAUGUUGUGAAGAGCAAGUUCACAGAUCCAAAAACAAAUUAUAGACCUAAAGAUAUAGCUAAAGACAUGUUGGAUAGAUAUGGAGUUUCCAUGAGUUACCAAAAAGCAUGGCGAUCUAAGGAAAAAACAGUUAAUUUUGUACAUGGUUCAAGUCAAGAUUCCUACCGAGACAUUCCACGAUGUCUACACAUUUUGAAGCACAAAAAUCCAGGUACUGUAACAGAUUUGGAAAUUGAUAGUCUAAACAGAUUUAAAUAUCUUUUUAUGGCUAUGGGACAAUCAAUUCUAGGUUGGAAACAUUGCAUUCCAGUAAUUGUUGUUGAUGGAACAUUCCUAAAAGCUGCAUUUGGCGAUACACUUCUCACAGCUUCAACACAAGAUGCAAAUAGACACAUCUUCCCAUUGGCUUUUGCUAUAACAGAUUCUGAAAACAAUGAUUCAUGGGAGUUGUUCUUCAGAAAAAUAAAAGAAUGUUAUGGAGAAAGAGAAGAGUUGUGUAUAGUUUCAGAUAGACAUGAAAGCAUAGAGAAUGCUAUAAAAAAUGUCUUUCCAAAUGUAACUCAUGGAGUGUGCUCCUACCAUCUUUUCUGCAACAUAAAGACCAAGUUUAGAACAGAUGCAGAAGCAACCAAUAUCGCAUUUCAUGCUGCUGCAAAAGCUUAUAACAUGGAAGAUUUUGAAAAAUACAUGAAGGACUUGGACAGUUUACAUGAAGGAAUCCGCCCUUUUCUGGCCAAUGAGGUUAAAUCCGAAAAGUGGGCAAGAAUCCACUCCAAAAGUCGUAGUUAUGCAGCUAUGACUUCAAACAUAGCUGAAUCCAUUAAUGCAGCACUAAAAGAAAUGAGAGAGCUUCCAGUAACAACAUUACUUGAGUGCCUUAGAAACCUGAUCAAAAAAUGGAGCUACAACAAUAAAAAAGAAGCAGAAGCAACCUUUACAGAAUUGCCAAGGAAACAAGAGGAAUACUUAAGAACUUUGUCAAGUCAUUAA